UGUAGGUAAUUGCAUACCUAUCCAGCUGGUCAUUUGGUCACAUGCAUAUAUGUACAAACUCGAUCAGCAUUUCAGGCGACACGCUGACAAAUUUUGCUCAAAAUCUGAACAAUGGAUCCAAUAACCUUACAAGGAUUCCCCAAAUUUUUCGAUCUUCCACAAAACGUUAUGGAGAAAAUAUGUGUUCAUUUACCAUAUUCCAUGUUGAAAGUAUUGAGACUCGUGUCAAUCAAUGUGAACAAAAAGAUCAAUGAAGAUGCCAGAUUUUUUGACAGAUCUAUCAUCACAAUUCCUUACGAAAGUUUACAAAGACCUGCCACAUUUCAAACUGCAAUCCAAUUACUAAAGAAAUUACGACCCACGAAGAAAUUAACGAUUUCAUUCCCUCCCAAAAAACCUGGGACCGUGUUAUUCGUCCUGAUUGGAAACAUCUUGGCAGCGUUAUUUGCAAAUGUUAUGAACGAAGCUGAAGCCAAUUGCGAAAUGGGAGAACCAAUCAUGCAAAUUUUGAGUAAAGAUUGGAAUUUUGAGGAUUCCCCGUUACAGAUUAGUUUCAACUUUUCUCAACCGAAUGAUCUGAAAAAUUCCUUGAUGCUCUCACCGUACAAGAUUUGGAACACUAUUUGCCUCUCGGACCCUCGUCUGUAUGAAGUGAUGAUUAAGCGGACAAUUCUGGAAAUGAAGGUGGCACCAAAUGAAGAAGCUUUCGAGGAUGGAAGCAAUGAGUUAAAGUUACUUUGUGUUCACAUUUUUUGCCAACAAUCCGAAAUUAUGGUGCCAAUAUUAGGGGAAAGUUUGGAGAGUAGGAAAGGUUUGUAUGACUGGAGGAUUUUAGGAUGCAUUAUUUCAGUCUUGGCAGUUGGGGUUGGUAUCGUUGCUUGGAUUUUAUACCAAACUUUUUCGUAGAAAUAUAUGUACAUAAAUAUAUAUAUAUACAACGUAUACAUAUAUGUAUUUGAUACGUACAGUAUGCAUGUAUACAUGUAUACCUGUAUGUAUAAACUGAACAUAAAAAUUUACAUACAUUACUCCAGUGAAUAGAAACCAUAUAAUAUUUCAGUAAUAUAAAAAAAACAUUACAUAAAUAUGUACAUAUGCGCAUACGUGCGUAAAGGUUGCUUUUGCAUCUACAUAUAAAUUUGAAUGUGCAUGCAUGUAUAAUUAUGGCUAUGGCUGCUGGUAUGUAGUAAGUUCAAUGUAUGUAAUGUGAGUCAUCUUGUAGACUCCUCAUCUUCAGCUAGAUCUGGUUGAUUUAGGUAAUGAUUUUGCAUGGUUGAAAUGCAAAAUCUAGGUAUGUAUGCAUGAAAUUUUUAAUUGUAUUUAGUAAAUGUAUGUGUGUUUAUGUACUUAUCCUAAGUUACGAAAACUAUUUGCCAUACAUAUGUAUGUAUAAACAUAUGUACUAAUUGUAAAUUUUGUGCCGUUUUUUUAUACUUUAUGUAUGUAUGUGUUAAUGGUUUAAAUCAGCAGACGUACUGCAUACUUAUUUAUUAAGGGGUGAAAGCCCUUUAUAAGAUCGUUAUGUCCGUCUGUCUGUCCGUCCGUCCGUCCGU